UCUAUGGAAGUGUCGGCUCCUCCUGGGACUCCGAUUGGCAGCAUACAUCAGGAAUGGAGUAUCUGCACACCUAUAGCAGGCAAAUUUACUGUAAGAAAUGUGUCAGGAGAUGUUGUGUUGAGGAUCCAGGGCCCAGUGUGUGCCAUCAGCUGUGGAGAUGACGUGGAAUUCAAGGUUUUUACUGCUGAUGAAUCUGCACAAAUCGGCUGUAUCACCAAGCAGUGGCGAGGAUGCUGUGCUGAGGCGUUUACAGAUGCUGACAGCUUUGGAGUCACCUUCCCCAUGGAUCUGGAAGUACGCAUGAAGGCUCUCCUCAUUGGUGCCAUGUUCUUGAUUGAUUUCAUCUACUUUGAGCGGAAACAGAAUAAUUAAUGCAGAUCUGCCAGUCGGCUGAGACCAUCAUAAGCUGAUUAAUCUGGAGAAAUGAUUGCAAGUGACUAGAUGUUUUCUGUUUUGAUUCACUGCAACGUUGCACUAACAUUUUAAUUAUUUCAAGAGAUAUAUAUUAUACUGCAUUUAUGCCAUUCUUUCUUUAUUUUCAAAGAAGUGGGAGAAAGUUUCUGAUACCUCCAAUUGAAUUCAUUUUAUACUAAAUGAACACUUUUAAAUCAGUUGGAAAAAACUAUUUUAUAUUUUCUCUGUAGCCACUCACGUCAUUUAUUGGUGUUUGGUAUUUUACAUACACAUGUUAUUGUAAUGAUUAGAUUAGAGGCUAAACACUACAUACAAAGUUUAGCUGUAUUAAGAUUUUAGUUCAUUUUUACUGGUUGCACAACAACCUUUGGCAGUCUUUGUGAUUUAUAUGUUGUAAAUGUUUGUAUG